AUCACAUCAAUUGUUGAGUUGAUGGACGAGUCCAACUAAGAACCGACACACUUUUUUUUCUCUUUUUAUCUAUAUUUGUGCGUAUUAGUUCAUGCUUGGACUUGUGUAUACUGAACUGGUUGAUCUGCUCCAACUAAUGAUUUUUUCAUCUAAAGGGACAUUCCAAAGGAGUAUGCUUCUUACACAGUGGAUGGAGGUACCAUAAAUAAUGGAUUGGCAUUAGGUCACUAUCAUAUAAUGAGCUUCAAGAUUCGAGUAAGGCAAGGAAGAUUUCAUUACAGAUCACUGUUGAUACUUCCUGAAGUAGCAUCUCUCUCUCACCCCCCCCCACCACACCCCCCCCACCCUUUAGUUGGACGUUUUCUUUUGCACUAAAAGUAGAGAACAAACCUCUUCAAUUAGCUGAUGCCAAGGGGCUUGGGAUAAGUAUGAGCGGUAUCAGUCACAACUCGAGCAAAGAUGCAUGAGGAAUGCAUGCAGCCGGAACAAAGCGAAGCCUGCAGUCGUUUUCCCGCGAUGCCCUCCGGAGGUGGAGGCAUGACCACAGCUCCCAGCCGAACCCGUUCCACACCCUCCAUUUCUCGUCUUCGACUUCGACCACCAAAUUCUCCCCCGCCCUCAGGUCCCUCAAGAAGAAACUAGCCGUUGGGGCCCUCCCCACCAUCCACCGAACCGCCAAAGCCUUCAAAUCCUACGCCGAGACCUGCGCUUCCCUCCUCCGCCAAUGCGCCGACCACCAUCCCCUUGCCCUCGGCCCAGCCCUCCACGCCCACACCAUCAAGUCAGGCGUGUCCGCGGACCGCUCCAUCUCCACCAAGCUCUUGACCAUGUACUCCAACUGGGGCUGGGUCGCCUACCGCGACCGGGUCUUCGGAGAGGCCGACGGAUUCGAUCUCUUCUCCUGGAACUACAUGAUCGCCGCCUGCACUCGAUGCGGUGAUCUCGGUGCCGCACGCCACCUCUUUGAUAGAAUGCCCGAGAGGAACGUGGUCACGUGGACUGUUAUGGUCGAUGGCCACAUGAAGUGCGGCAAGGUCCAAGAGUCGAUUGAGUAUUUUGAGAGGAAUCCGUUCCGAACUGUGAUCUCGUGGACUGCGAUGAUAUGUGGCUUCGUCCAGAAUGGGCUGUAUUUUGAUGCUCUGUUGAUCUUCCACAGGAUGCUCGAAUCCAGCUUGAUGCCAAACGAGGUAACUUUUACUUCAGUGGUUAGAGCUUGCAUCGGUGCAGGUGAAUUUGACUUGGGGAAGAGUAUCGUGGGGCUGAUUAUUAAGACUAAUUUUGAGCGGAAUCUUUCGGUGUGUAAUUCCUUGAUUACUUUGUAUCUCAGGAUGGGCGAUGUGGAUUUGGCAAGGAGAGUUUUUGAUGAAAUGGAGGAAAGGGAUGUUGUCUCAUGGACUGUACUCCUUGAUGUGUAUGCACAGAUUGGAGACCUGGUGGAAGCCCGUCGGAUCUUUGAUGAGAUGCCUGAAAGGAAUGAGGUUUCCUGGAGCACCAUGAUUGCAAGAUAUAGCCAGAAUGGGGAAGCCUUGGAGGCAUUAAGGAUGUUUUAUCACAUGCUUCAUGAUGGUUACAGGCCGAAUGUCUCCUGUUUUUCUAGUGCACUUAGUGCUUCAUCGAACCUUGAGAACUUGCUGUUUGGGUCUAAUGUCCAUUGCCAUGCUAUAAAGGUUGGGUUUGACAGUGAUGUUUAUGUUGCUAGUUCUUUGAUCGACAUGUAUUUCAGAUGUGGGAAGCUUAUAGAUGGGCAUCAGGUGUUUGACUUGCUUCCAGAGAAGAACAUGGUAUGCUGGAAUUCCAUGAUUGCUGGUCUUUGCUACAAUGGAAAAAUGGAAGAAGCUGAGGAACUUUUCAAGAAUAUGCUAGUGAAAAAUGUUGUCUCUUGGAAUGCAAUAAUUUCUGGUUAUGCACAGAAUGAACGUUAUAGUAAGGUGUUGGAGACCUUUGAUGACAUGUUAAUGUCUGGGCAAACUCCAAGCCAGAUGACCUUUUCCAGUGUUCUUCAUGCUUGUGCUAAUUUGUCUUCACUAGAGAAAGGCAAAAACCUUCAUACCAAGAUUUUAAAACUUGGAAUUCAGGAUGAAGUUUUCAUGGGAACUGCACUUAUUGAUAUGUAUGCUAAAUCUGGAGAUAUAGAGAGCUCUAAGAAAGUGUUCUGUAGGAUGCCUGAAAAGAAUGAGAUAUCCUGGACUGCCAUGAUACAGGGACUUGCUGAUAAUGGUUUUGCAGAGGAGUCGAUAAUCUUAUUCGAGGAAAUGAAAAAAAUAGCAAUAGUUCCAACCGAAGCUAUCUUCUUAUCCAUUCUUUUCACUUGUUCGCAUUGUGGUUUGGUAGAUAAAGGGUUCCAUUAUUUUGAAUCAAUGAAAAAGGUAUAUGGCAUAAUGCCCAAAGAGAAACACUAUACUUGCAUGGUUGAUUUAUUAGCUCGAGCUGGGCAUCUGAGAGAGGCUGAGGAAUUGAUAAGCAUGAUGCCAGUUCAACCUGAAGCUAAUUCAUGGGCAGCUUUAUUGAGUGCUUGUAGCAUGUAUGGAGAUGAGGAGAUAGGGGAGAGAGCUGCUAAGAAGUUGUGGGAGUCGGAGAAGAACAAUUCAGCAGGGUAUGUCUUGCUUGCAAAUUUGUAUGCAUCCUGCAGGAGAUGGAAAGAUGCAGCCAAGGUGAGGACACUGAUGAAAAAGACUGGGUUGAAGAAAGGUGGAGGAUGUAGUUGGAUUCAGAUAAAAGAUCAAUUUCACACUUUCUUUUCUUGGGAUGUAAAACACCAAAAGUCAUCAGAGAUUUAUGGGGUUUUGCAACUCUUAACAUCAGAAAUGAUGGCUUAAUGGUUACAGAUAUACAGGCUUCAGAUGGCGUAUAGCUUGACAACCUGGGAACAGGAUUUUUCCUGGCUAUUGGUUGAAUCUUUGGCUUUAUCUGAGAAUCAAAUCCAGAAUUCUCUAGAUGAUGAUCUUCUGUCAGACAAGAUGAAGAGCAGCCAAAGUGCCAAUAUUUGGUGCAUUUUCAGGUGUAAACAAAAAGCAAUUCAGUCAAAAAAAAGUUGUGCCAUUUGAUUAAAAUGGAGGGCUGGAGUAGACAGAGUUUUAUGAAAGUUGAAGUUAGCUUCACUCAGAUACCUGAGGGGCUUGAUGGACCUACUGGUCCUUUGCAAGCAACCAAUGCUUAAAGGCUCAAGAGGACCUUGUGACUCCCCAUAUGACUUCCAGCAGAAGGCGUCCUGCUGAAAUUGAGAUGCAUUAACUGGUGAUAGCCGGAUAUCAGUCAAUUUGAUGCCCGUGCAUGGACUGCUGUCACUGCAAGCAAGAUGCAUUGGUUGGUAUGAAUAUGUCCCGGUUAUCCUUUUGUACAUGACUCCUGAAACAGCCACUGCAUCAGUCUUGUUCUUGCAUGCCUUCUUGUUGCAGUAAUACUGAUCAAUCACAACUGGGAUCUCAACAUUGGAGACUCGAACAUCGGAAAAUAUGACAUUCCUGACAGAUCCUAGACCUCCCUGUGAUGAAAGUUUAGGAGUUAUAAAUCAACUAUUUUUGUAGCAUCUCUUAAAUCACAAGACAGAGCAUUUUGAACAUUGAUGCUAUCAACAGUGACAUUGGAGACACAGGCUAGGCUAUUGCCUUUCCCGAGUCCUCCUAUGCUGCCAUAGUUUCAGGAUAGGUGAAUGCCAUCAGUGUUGGGGCUAUCUUCGGGAGAAGAGAUGGUGAUGUUUUUCACUUUGAUACCCU